AUGAGUUCGCCCUCGGUACAGGUUCAACCGCAACCUUCCGGUGGCGCAAAGGGCGUUUCCCACACAACGAAAGAGGCUGGUGCCAUGAACUUCGAUAUUGUCCGCUGUUCAAGAUGUCAGCGCUCCAUGAGCCUUGAAAAUGACUCCUCCCCCGGUGUUCCGCUGUGCAUCUAUGGUCGGCUUUAUCCGAUGAAACAAUCGCCUCUUGCAAUUCGCGCAACAGAACAAGAAAAGAGAAACGACAUCGUUACGAACGCAUCUUUCGUCGUGCAUUCUAGCUCUUCUGCUACACCACCGCCGCCUCUAGGCAGCAGGCAGGAUCGGCAUGUUCGUUCUCCAGUUUUAGUUGUUUUCUAUUUCGACGACCACUCGCUCAGACGAUAUUUCCGAGAACUGUUCUGUGCUGGCACGACUUCUCUCACUCCUCGAGCAAAGGAUAAGGGCUACGGACUACGAUUCAGUCGUUGA